UGGUGCCACAAGAAAAGCUUGCUUCUAUUGGUGUAUGACUACAUGCCAAAUGGGAGCCUUGAUAACCAUCUAUUUGGUAGGCAAGAGAAGACACUGAACUGGGAUCAUCGAUACAAGAUCUUACAAGGUGUGGCAUCCGCCCUUCACUAUCUCCACGACGAGUACGACCAGCGAGUGGUUCACCGUGACCUCAAGGCUAGCAACAUUAUGCUGGACUCCAACUUCAACGCCCGGUUGGGCGAUUUCGGCCUAGCCCGUGCCCUGGACAACGAGAAGACCUCCUACCACGAGCUAGAAGGAGUCCCUGGUACCCCCGGCUACAUGGCCCCGGAGUGCUUCCACACUGGUAAAGCAACCCCUGAGUCGGACGUCUUUGCUUUCGGUGCCGUCAUCCUAGAGGUGGUCUGUGGUCAGCGCCCUUGGACUAGAAUCGGCGGGUUUCAAUACCUAGUUGACUGGGUCUGGACUCUCUACCGUGAGGGUCGUAUUCUUGAGGCUGUCGACGAGAGGUUAAUGGAUAAUUAUGAUAAGCCUCUUGCUGAGUGCCUAUUGCUCUUGGGCCUGGCUUGCUCCCAUCCCAUUGCAGUUGAAAGGCCUAAAACACCAAUCAUCGUUCAAAUCAUCUCGAGAUCCAUUCUCCCACCAAACGUGCCAUACAUUAAACCUGCUUUCAUAUGGCCGGCUAUUGGCUUCAACAUCAAUGACUUGACCAUAGAUACACAGGACAGCACUCCCAUGACCUCUUCUUAUUAUAAUUAUGGGUCAGAGGAUUGGACUCCAAGAUGCGAGAGCCGUGAGAACUUGGCGAGCUAUACUGACAUAUCCUUGACUUGAUCAUCAUCUUAUCAGUCGCCAUUUGUGAAUAGGUCUCUCUCUCUCUCUCUCUCUCUCUCUCUCUCUCUCUCUUAUGCAAGUC